UCAAGAUUAGUCUUUUAAGCCAUAGCCAAUACCCAAUUUGCAAAGACAGAGGAAGAGAGAGAGAGAGAGAGAGAGGAAGCGAGAAGAAAGAAACAGCCAUGUUCUGAGGAAGGAGACAUGCAUCAUCAUCAUCUUCAUCUUCAUUACCAUCAUCAUCAUCAUCAUAAUCUCAAGCUUAUUACUUAAACUUCUCUUUCUCUCCAUCUCUUACCAAAUCCAAAAACACCAAAGCUUAAAGAUUUGAAGACAAUGCAAGUGUUUCAUCAAAGGAAAGAUUCAUCUUGGGGAAACUCAAUGCCAACAAACUCAAACAUUCAAGGAUCUGAAUCUUUCACCUUGACAAAGGAUAAUAUAAUGAUGUCUACUACACAAUUCCCUGGGAUGAAACAUUCGAGUUUGCAGCUGCAAGAUCAAGAUUCAUCCUCAACACAAUCUACGGGUGAAUCAGGCGGGGGCGGCGGUGGUUGUGAAGUUGCAAGCUUUGAAGAACGUAACCGUUAUGGAUGCAGCAGCACUGUUAAUACACAUCUCUCAGGGUACAUGGGAAACUCGGGAAAGCCUAUUGAAAGAUAUACUAAGUCAACUACCACCUCGUCUAUGGUUUCUCAAGAUUCUGUGUUUCCUCCACCUACUUGUGGUCAAACACUACCUUGGUCUCUUCAAUGUGCUGAAACAUCACAUUUCAAUGGUUUCUUGCCUCAUGAAUAUGCAUCAACACCAACGGUGCUGCCACAUUUAGAGAUGAUGGGUUUGGUUUCUUCAAGAGUACCAUUGCCUCAUAACAUUCAAGAGAAUGAACCAAUAUUUGUCAAUGCGAAACAGUAUCAUGCAAUCCUCCGUCGAAGGAAGCACCGUGCUAAGCUCGAAGCUCAGAACAAACUCAUCAAAUGCCGUAAACCGUACCUUCAUGAGUCUCGCCAUCUUCAUGCUUUAAAGAGAGCUAGAGGCUCCGGUGGACGUUUCCUCAAUACAAAGAAGCUUCAAGAAUCAUCAAACUCACUGUGUUCUUCUCAAAUGGCAAAUGUACAGAGUUUCUCUAAGAGCCCUCGCGGUGGUGGAAGCGGUAUCGGGUCUACUUCGAUCACACCGAUGUCCAAUUCAAACCGUAUCAACAUGUUCCAAAACCCUCAGUUCAGAUUCUCAGGUUAUCCAUCAACACACCAUGUCUCAGCUCUCAUGUCAGGGACAUGAGAAGGGACCUGAGAAGGAUCUUGCUCCGGGAAAACUCCGACUAAUUCCGGCGACUGGUGAUCAUAUAUGACGGGAAGUCAUCCUUGGCUACUUUUUCUUAUCGGUUUCUUUACAAAAUAUUCUUCCUUUAAAAAACUUUGCUUUCCAUAUCCUCUGCAAUCUCUCACUCUAUGUAGAGUGGCUUGAAGAACUUUCAAAUCAUUGUCAAACUAUUUUGUUAAUUGAAAAUUUCGGAUUCUCUGAGUA